UUAUCGGAAAAUUAACGCCUUAUGCACGAUUCGGGCGAAUUCUCAUUCGCACAUCGUCGGUUCUCGUCAUUUUUGGCUAAAUUGAUUUCACGUACUUACCUACCUACGUUUCUAAUCAUUACGCAAAUUCGUCGAUACAAAUUUUCGUUUCCGAUCAUACCGUUAAAUAAAAACGUAAACAGUACUCGAUAAUUUAACCAAAAAAUAGAAUAACCUGUACUGCAUUGUAUCUCGUUAUUAGAAAAAAAAAGAUAGACAGCGAAGUCAAAACGAUCCCCUUAUGGUACGUUACUCCUUCAAGUACUGUUUAUGUAACUCGUCACGUUCCUCGGUUUCCCUCCAACUCUACACAUCGUUCCGUCCGGAUUUCAGGUAUCGACGCUCGUUUCGUUUCGUUCCUAAUUCAGUUUAAACCGAACCUAUUCAGAAGUAGUUUAUGUCAGUUUGUUUCGUCGAACCGGUUUUAUUUCGUGGCGUGAUUCAAUGCGUGAUUUCGAUAUCCUCGAAAUUUGAGUUCGCGGUUCAAUUUUUUCAACCCUUGUGUUCGGAUUCGAGUGAUUUGAGGAUUUGCAACGAGCUGAUUUUAAUUUGAUUCUUCAAUUUUGAAUUACAAAUUUUGAAGAUAGUUCCUAGUAUUUUAAAGUACACAAUUGAUGACAUUGGGAUUUCCAAACACACAAAGAAUUACGCAGAAUAACCGAUCACUGUGAUAACUCUACGGUUCGUUACUUGACGAAGUAAUGUAUGAUUCAACCUUCACAUUCAAAAUUCGUCAAAAACAUCAUCUACUGCUGCUGACAUGUCUGGUGAUUUUAAUCAACAAUGUUGCUUCAAUGGCCAUGCCAGUCACUUGUCCAGAACCGUGUGAAUGCUACUUAAACAACAAUGGAUUACAAUCAGCGAGAUGUUCUGAAAUCUACCCAAAUCAGACUGAAUUCUCAAAUAUACACGUAUUGGUGCUACGGAAGUCUGAAACACAAAAGCAGUGCACUAUUCCAAAAGAUAUUCAUCUGGUCUUUCCUCAGUUGAAUUACUUCUACGCGAUGAACUGCUCAUUAGUAGAUAUUCCAGUUGAAACUUUCAAAGACCUGCAAUUUUUGCAAGAGAUCGACUUAUCCUACAAUUUCAUGAAAAACAUAGAACCAUCGUUGUUCAUCAACAAUCCCAAGUUGAUAUAUGCAAAUUUACAAAACAAUCGUUUCCGCAUACCAGACAGACCUUUUCUGAUUUCAAAAAGUUUACGCGAGUUGGAUCUGUCAUCUUGUGGCAUAAAAGAACUGCCUGAAAAUAUGUUCAAUAACUUGACUAAUGUAAAAUACCUCACUCUCAACAAUAAUAAGUUGUCAACUAUUGAAAAGGGCACCUUACCUAAUGGUUUAAAACUUCUUAGUUUGAGUAAGAACAAUAUUAAACAUGUCCCUAUGGGAGAAAUUAAACGCUUGAAAAAGAUCAGAGAAGUUGAUAUCAGUGAGAAUCCGGUCAACUGUACCUGCGCAUUGAUGAAUUUUGAUUCUUGGAUGUCCGACGUACCAAUAAUGUUUAUAAAUGGAGUCGAGUGCAGGUAUCCUGAGGAAUAUAGAGGUCGUCAAUUGGGUAAAAUGCCCGAAUACGAAUUGUGUGAUGCCAAAGUGGCUGCUAUGAGCAAUGCAGAGCUCGACGCUGCGCUUCAAUUAAAUCAAAUUUUACCAGACGAAGAACCAGUUCCAAAAAAAGAUAGCGUUAAGAAUGAUUUUGAAAUAGAUCAGGUGGUUCCAUUUGACAAAAAAUCAAAUGCUGAUUACAUCGAUCAAAUGCAAAGUGAUUCGAUUUCAGAUGAAGGCAGUGGAGAUGGCGGAGAUAGUACAGAUACACCAGAGGAUGUGGUAAUACCCAAACAGGUAUCAAAUAAUAACGAAAGUAAUGAAACUAAACCAAAUGUGGAUGGUGAAGUACCACCAACUGAUCCAAAACCAGAACAACCAGCUCCAUCUGAAGAAACUACAACAGAAAAGAAAAAAGAUGUCACAUACUACGAACAAGAACUUCCAGCUCCUAACAAUACUGAUGAAAAUGUCAAACCCACUGACACUGAACUCACCAUAAGCCCGAACCCAACAGAUGUAUCUGAAAAGAAACCAGAAGAGGCUGAAGUGAAAACUGAAGUGUCUACAUCUACCUCAGAACAACCUCCAUCACCAAGUCCAGAAAACCCACCAUCUGAAUCAGCGCCAGAGCCAAAGAUUACUACUACUCCUGAACCUGAACUCAAACCAACCGAGUCUGAACCAACCAAGAUAGAGGUACCAGAAACAACCAAACCCAAUUUAGAGACUAUUACUCAAGAACAACAAACUAAAUCUGAAAAUGAUGCUUCAUCUACAUCAGAACCAUCAACCAUUCAAACUUCUGAGAAACCAGUAUCUGAAAUAGAAAACGCCCAAUUACGCAAUACUCCUGAAACCCACGGCACACCUCAUCCUGAACCCAUAUCUGCUUCUUCAUUCAGUGUUGGUUAUAUUAUUCCAUGCUUAGCCAUCUUAAUUAUAAUUAUAAUCUGUCUAGGAAUUUACUUCGGUCAGCGUUCUAGUCAUAAAAAUUGGGAACCUAAUAAUGGUACCAAUGCUAAUGAUGGUGGUGCUGAACUUCAAGAUGUUUCUUUACUACCAGAUAAAUCAAAACCGCCGAUAGUAAAAAAUAAUAAAAAAUAUCCUUCGGAAGAAAAUUCUGAACAAACUGAAAGAUUAAUGAGUGAUGGAGAAGCAUCAACUCCAAGAUCAAUCUGGGAACAUUUAGAAGAACCGAUUGAAAAUGGCAAUGCUAAACAUUCAAAAGACUCUGACAAGUUACCUAAUGGACAGCCAAUCGAUAAAAAUGAACCAAUUGAGUGUGCUAUUGCCAAAGUUACCACAUUACCAGAUUCCAUUCCAAGAACACCUUUAAUUCGAAACACUUGAACAGUUCCAGACUUAGUUUUUUAUAAGUUGUACCUAUUUGUGUUAAACUAAUUUUUGAACUUUUCCAUCUUUUUAAAAAUUACUUCAGCUAGCAUUGUUCUGGCUCAAUUGAAAAGUAUCUAAAUGGCCAUAAUAGAAUGAGUAAAUAUUGUGCCAUAAAAAGUUGAUUUAUAUAAGAGAGUGAUGUGGCAAUGUGAGGGUCAAAAAUCGUGUAACUAGUCGUAUUUUGAAUCUUAUUAAAGAGGUUUCCCAAUAAUCAAAAUACAUUAAACACUCGUUGUUUAUAUUUCUUUUUUUUUUGUAAAUAAAAUUCAACACUAUGUAUACGAAUGAUCUUAUCUAAAAAUAGUUUUGAUUUGUUAACUGCAAAUCAUCUUGAUUUGAUGUUUGUAUUUUAUAAAUGUAGUUACUAUUUUUUGUGUGUGUGAUAUGUUGUUUUUAUGUAUAGAAUUUGUUUAUAUGAAUCAAAUAUUGUGUCUCGAUGUAAUUUUAUUCCUUCAUUUUUAUUAAUUUUUUAGUGUAAUCUGUGAACAGAUUAUUCAACGUGUCGCUUGUAUUUUAAAUUAUUAAAUUGACCAAAUUUCUUUUACCUUGGAAUUACUUUUAAUUGUAUUUUUUCAACGAAAUACGUUUGGUAAUUACUUAUUUAAUUUUUACUAUUUUAUUUAUUAUCAUUUUUUCCCCUUUUUCUAUAAACGAAUAAAUGUUUGUGAUCGCGUAAA